AUGAACGAGAGUCUACUGGAUGAAAGCAUGCCAAAUCGGCCUUUGAUUGCGCCACUCAUAUCCAUGCAAUCCCUGCGUUCCGAAUACGAGGGCGGGUCCCAACUCUUCGUGAAGCAGAUUGACUGGCUCAUCAAGAACGGUUAUGUAGGCAUCAGACGCGCUAGAGGAGACGGCGAUUGCUUCUACCGAUCUCUGGCAUUUGCGUAUAUCGAAAGAAUACUAUUCGCUCCUGACAAGCCGUUAGCUGUGACGAGCGCAAUCUCUGCCCUCGAGGCAUCGCAACCUCUGCUGGAGGCAGCUGGUUUCCAGCGGCUCGUAUUUGAGGAUUUCUACGACUGCCUCGUUUCCGUAAUCAACAAGGUCCUAACUCCAGAGGGAGACGGCCAACUACUUUCACCUGUUACACUUUUGGAGGCCUUCAACUCUCCCGAAGUGUCUAACUCGAUCGUCGUCUACUUUCGACUUCUCACGUCCGCUCAAAUCCGUGCGGACUCGGAGCAGUAUGCGUCGUUCCUAUUCCAUCCUGAGAUCGGUGAGCCAAUGGACCUGCGCGAUUUCUGCGAGAACUUCGUAGAAGCUGUCGGCAAGGAGGCUGAUCAUGUGCAAAUCACAGCGCUAUCUCGCGCUCUCAAGGUCAAUAUCAAUGUGGCCUACCUAGAUGGACGCUCUGAAGAGGGUAAGGUCGAUUUCGUUGACUUUCAAAACGUGGACGAGCCAGGCACGGAGCCUGUCAUCUUACUGUACAGACCUGGACACUAUGACAUUCUUGACAGGCGGGCCGUAGAACCGCUUGAAUGA